AUGAACGUGUUAUUGUUGUUAUUUUUUCCUUCAGCGGUGAGCAAAGUCAGGACGUGGGCGUUGGAUCGUGAGGUGUUUCAGAACAUUAUGAGGAGGACGGCAGAGACGCGACAAGAACAGCAUCGCAACUUCUUACGAAGCGUUCCUCUGCUGGAGAACCUUCCUGAGGAGAAGCUCAGUAAGAUGGUGGACUGUCUGGAGGUGGAGUACUACAAUAAAGGAGAGUACGUGAUUCGUGAGGGCGAGGAAGGCAGCACCUUCUUCAUUAUCGCUCAGGGAAAGGUGAAGGUGACACAGAUGAGUGACGCCCACACAGCACCACAGACCAUAAACACCCUGCAGAGAGGAGAUUAUUUUGGAGAGAAAGCUCUGAUCAGUGACGACGUCAGGUCAGCGAACAUCGUGGCAGAUGAGAACGGUGUCGAGUGUCUGGUCAUCGACAGAGAGACGUUUGAUCAGACGGUGGGAACGUUCCACGAGCUGCAGAAAUACCUGCAAGGUUACGUGGCAACGCUGGAGCGCGACGACAAGAAGAGACAUGGCAGGAAGUCGCUGUCUCGUCACCAGAGUCAGCCACUGUCUCCUGACGUGGUCCAGCUAAAGGACUUGGUGUCUGCAUUCCCGUCGUCUCGACCCUUCGACCUCCUGGACUCCGUCGCUACGCUCGGCGUUGGAGGUUUCGGACGUGUGGAACUGGUGAAGGUGAAGGACAAAGACGUGACCUUUGCACUGAAGGUCAUUAAGAAGAAACAUGUGGUGGACAACAGACAAGAAGAACACGUCCACUCAGAGAGGAAGAUCCUCGCUGAGGCUCGCUCACCGUUUGUCGUCAAACUCUAUCGCACGUUUAAAGACAAUAAAUAUGUGUACAUGCUGCUGGAGGCGUGUCUGGGCGGAGAGAUCUGGAGUCUGCUCAGAGACAGGGGCAGCUUUGAUGAAUCCACAUCUAAAUUCUGCGUGGCCUGCGUCACUGAAGCGUUUGAUUACCUUCAUCGUAAAGGAGUUCUCUACAGAGACCUGAAGCCUGAGAACCUGAUGCUGGACACAGACGGAUACAUUAAACUGGUCGACUUUGGUUUCGCUAAGAAGAUCAGAUGUGGACAGAAGACGUGGACCUUCUGUGGGACACCAGAGUACGUGGCUCCAGAGAUCAUCCUCAACCAAGGCCACAGCCUGAGUGUGGACUUCUGGUCUCUGGGCAUCCUGGUGUUUGAGCUGCUGACCGGCAGUCCUCCGUUCUGUGGCACUGACCAGAUGAUGACCUACACCUUCAUCCUGAAGGGCAUUGAGAAGAUGGACUUUCCCAGGAAGAUCACAAAGAGACCAGAGGACCUCAUACGAAAACUCUGCAGACCUAAUCCCUCAGAGCGACUGGGAAACCUGAAAAAUGGAAUAACAGACAUCAAGAAGCACAGGUGGUUUAAUGGUUUUAACUGGGAAGGACUGAAGGUGAGAACGUUAUCAUCUCCACUGAAGAGAGAGGUCUCUGGACCUACAGACCACAGGUACUUUGACUCUUAUGCUCCAGAUGAAGACAGUCCUCCUGACGAGUUCUCGGGCUGGGACGUGGACUUCUAAGUGUCACAUUGUUACUGGAACAGAGAAGAUCACACGUUUGAAAA